AUGCAGCAAAGCCCCAAGAUUCACGGUCGACCUGCUGAAGAGAGUGUUCCCUUACGGACCUCUCAGACAGCCCCCAAAAAGUCCCAUGAUCCAUGGACACACCUCAUAGCCGGCGCGAGCGGAGGUUUCGCGACCGCAAUUGUCACAUCCCCUCUCGAUGUCCUUCGAACACGUCUCCAAUCGGACUUCUAUCAACCCAUCUCCCACCCCCAUGGCUCCGCUGCGAUCCCUCACAAAACAAGCCACAAAACACUCCGAAUAAUCAGCAACAUCUACAAAGCUGAAGGUUGGCGCGCGUUCUUCCGCGGCCUCGGUCCAAGUCUUGCAGGCGUGGUCCCAGCCACCGCGAUCAAAUUCUACGUCUACGGAAACUGCAAGCGCAUCGGUGCCCAGGUCCUCGGCCUCGGGGAAGACUCUACCCUCGUUCACGCCCAGGCCGCCAUCUCCGCCGGCAUCGCAACUGCCACUGCCACCAACCCCAUCUGGCUAGUCAAGACACGGCUGCAACUUGACCGCGCCCAAACGGCCACCGGAGCUCGCCGCUACCGCAACAGUCUCGACUGUGUGCAACAGGUCCUUCGCCAUGAAGGUAUCCGCGGCCUGUACAAGGGGUUGAGCGCUAGCUACCUGGGCUCCGUCGAGACUGCAUUGCACCUGGUUCUCUACGAGCGUUUGAAAACCAUGAUGGCUCAGUCGCUCGGGUCACCAGAUGGCAAAGACACGGCCGCACAGAAGGAGAUCACUAGCUGGAUUAGUACUACCGGAGCUGCGGGCUCGGCCAAGUUUGCCGCUGCUUUGAUUGCAUACCCCCACGAGGUCAUCCGAACAAGACUCCGUCAGGCACCGCUCGAGAAUGGCGUCCCCAAGUAUACUGGCCUGGUGCAGUGCUUUAGCUUGAUCGCCAAGGAAGAAGGAAUGGCAGGUCUUUACGGUGGUCUGAUGCCGCACAUGGUGCGCUCCAUCCCCUCCGCCAUCAUCACCCUCGGAGUCUACGAAUUUGUCCUGAGAUUCGUGGGCACCUCAUAA